CCACGCGCUGCGCCUACGCCGAUCCGCAACAUUCACCCGCGCGCACUUCUACUUCGAACGUCCGACAUCGCGCGCGCACACAAAAAAUUACCUUUAAUCGUGAACAGUAUUAAAUUGUGAUGGAGAAAGAGCAUCAGCCAGACUCGAUGGCUACGAUCACCAUGAAGCCGGAGUACCCGCCGUCCGAGUAUAGCGCCUCAGAACCGCCACCGGCAUACAGACAGCGGCAGUCGUCGUCGGUGCAGAUCGCGCGGAUCGCUGCGCUGACGGUGGUGGCUGCCUCCUUCAUCCUGGGCUCCUUCAUCCUGGCCUCCAGCUGGAUCUCGGCCCGCGCCUCGUGCCAUCAGCUGGAACAGCUGGACGCUAUGCUCGACAAGGAACUGGCCCUCGAAGGCAGAGCAUACGGGAAUGAUGCUCUUGUGGCGGACGAGCCCCUGCCGAUCGCCAAUGCGCACGCGUUACACGGUGUCCCACCAGCCGUCUCCACGGCCGAGGCGCCGCGCGCUCCCACCGCCAGCCAGACUAAGGAGGACGCGCUUAACCAAGCAGAGUCCAAAGUAGAUGAAGACAAACUACAGAAAAUCGAUGAUGUGAACCCGAAGUUCGACGCCCCGAACUCCGAGGGAGCCGAGGACAGUUCGGAGUCGGACAGCUCGGCUGAAGAUGACGAGGACCUGGAUGCCGUGCGACCCAUGUUCAAGCUGCCGAUCCAGUUCGACCUUGACGAGCUCGCUGGCGCUUUCCUGGCCAACAACCAGAAGGGUCGCAUGAACUGCGUGGUGGAGCGUCGCCGUGAAGACCCCAUGGAGAGGCGAUUCCCCUUCAACAUCCUCGGUGCCUUUGCUCCCCGCGCCGCACAAGCUGAGCGUAUCGCCAUCAUCUGCCACGGCGGAGAUGAACCCAGAGCGAUGAACUUCCCAGACCCGCAGUCGCAGGUGUUCGCCUUCCCGCUGUCCGGCCCCGUGCGGCUGCCGCUGCGCCCGCAGCCGGAGCGCCCCGCGCCCGAGCCCCGCAUGCCCUUCGCCCCCAUGGGCCCGCAGCACCGCGGACCCUUCCCCCUGCCGAUGCCAUGGGACUCGUCCGAAGAGCAGACCGGCGCCCCCCAGAUGCGUAUCCACGUCCAGCGCGUGUUCGCCAUCCCCGCCCCCCAGAACAUGCCUCAGGAUAACAUGGGCCCCUUCGCCCCGCCGCCGCCGCCCCAGCAACAGGACCAAAACGAGCAACCCACCGUCCUUCACCAGUUCGUGCCGCAGCCCGCUCCUACGCAAGAAUUGGAACAGCCUGAGGUCCAGAAGGCGAACAUGGAAGGAAGCCCUGUGAACCUGCAUUGGGGCCUGACACCCGAAGACAUCCACGUGAUCCACCGCACCGCCGAGGAUGCCGCCGCCAACCAGCGCCAGACACAGAUGGACAACGAUAUGCAAGAGAAGGUGAACAUGGAAGGCAGCCCAGUGAACCUGCAUUGGGACCUGACGCCAGAAGACAUCCACGUGAUCCACCGCACCGCCGAGGAUGCCGCUGCCGCCGCCAACCAGCGCCAGACCCAAAUGGAUAAUGAUAUGCAAGAGGUGAAAACAAUCGUGAACACAUUGGCCGCGGCAGCGGAAGCGGAAGCUGAAGCGGAGGCGCAAGAAGAGCAACGCCGACAGGCCGAGGCGCAGUCCGCGCCUGCGCAGGACGCGCCUGCGCUUCCCCCCCGCGCGCCGCGUACUCUGCUGCUGCCGCAAGACAUGCCAAUGGAGGAGAGACCGCAUUACAUGCAGCCUCGCUCAGUGCGCAGCGUGGACGCUCUUAUGCAGCCUGAGAAGCGCGUGAAGCGUUGCGCUUGCAGCUGCGCUUAAGCACCCGCUGCGCUUAAGCACCCGCGCUCGCGCCCGCGUCCGCGUCAGCGCCCGCGCUAAUACGUACUGUGUGCGAAGCCUAGCGCGCCCUAUCCGUCCAUCCCAUCACCGUGACAUUAACCCAUUCGCGGCUAUUCGUACAGAUGUAAAUAAAAUGUCUCAGUUCCGAAAAGUCGUUACAUACAAAGGUGGUUGGUUGUAUAAAUAAAUACGAAUUUUAAUAAUUGUUAAAUAAUUCAUAUAUUUAUAAUUCGUUUUCUUAGUGAAUAUCGUUCUGUACAGUUUUAUGAUGAGACAGUAAUUUGGCAAUGACGUGAAACUAUGCACCUGUAGUGUAUCUAACUAAUGCUGGCAUUCUAAGAUAGUGAAUACCCUAUAAGUAGAUUUGACGUGCAUUUCUUGAUGAUAAAUAGUAUUAAAACGAUUAUCCGCGCGGAACCACAAACGGCUUUUAAAUUAUGCUAGUUUUAAUCUAAAAACAUAUGUUCCAUUGUGAUCCUACAUUAAAUUUUUAUUUUAUUCCCAA